AUUAAUGAGUACGAAAUCGAGCUGGAUGAACGCUUUGGUUUGACUACUGCAUCCGGAAUGAACGCUCAACACAAAGAGAAAGAGAUAUACAAAGGAGAGAAACCACACGAGGUUUGGAUAUCGUCGGAUGGGAAGAGAACGAACAGAGAUGAUAACGAUAUGGUUGAUUCGUCGAAUGCUUUCGAUUUCGAGAAUGAUUCUAUUGUGAAGUUAUACCGUCGUACAGUUCCGUAUUUGUUGCAUACGAGUGGUUUGCUGAUAACGAAGAUCGGAAUGGAGCAGUUCGAGAGUGAGAGUGAGAGGGCGUUGUUGCAGUUGCAGGCGUUGAUAUCGAGGGACGAGUGUCCGAUGAGUGCCGUGCAGGUGGUGCAGAUUUGCGCGUUGUACAUCUUCGCUGUGCACAAUUGCUCGUCGAUCAGUGUUGAAAUGAACACAUGCUCAUUAUUGCAACAGCGCGCCGUGCAGAUGGUACUCAGCUUAUUUGCCAUAUUAUUGACGUGCCUAGACGAAUUUAAACACGACUUGAAUCUGAUUCUAAUUGGAGAGAAACCGAUCCCAUCAAAGAUGCGUCGUGUAAUGCCCGCACUGUGGGUCUUAUCUGAGUGGUUAUCAACGCCAUCAAUAAACCGUUUGUAUAAAGGAAUGCCUUCUCUGGGACCCAUUGAAUCGAACUUAUUUCAAAUUGAUGUGUGGCAUACGCUGGCAUCUGUCUCGAAUGCGUUGGUUUAUGCGGAAUCUGAAGGUGUUUUAGCGAGAAAUGUUCCUGGAUCGAAAGAUGGGAGUGAGGUUGAUAACGAUAAACAAAUCGAGAUAACACUCCCUGAAUGUGUUUAUUUGGCAUCGUUUGGAAUGUUGUUAGCAUUACACGCACGUGCCUCGUCGAUCUUGACAGCAGCCGAGUAUUUGGACGGGUCAGGGUUGCACUGUUUCUCAUUUGAUGAGCAUCUUGACCGAUUCAUAUCUUCAUGUGAUGAUAAGAGAACAGAGCGUGAUAUGAGCACGUCUAAAUUCGACGAUCGAAUUUCAUCGGACAUUCAGGAAGUGGCUGACGAUGAACGAGACAGGGUCGUGAUAGAAGUACGACCGAAUUAUUUGGUACCCGAUACGAAUGCCUUUAUAGAUCAUUUGGAAUCGAUUCAGCGCAUCGUCGAUAAUGGCAGAUAUACUGUGCUCGUACCAACCACUGUGGCAUCAGAGCUUAGCUGUUUAUCGAAGCCGGCCGCGACGAGACCAGCGAUGGGCAGUGCUGCUCAGAUGGGUCAGAGUAUUCAGUUCGUGUCAAUGGAUCAAGAAGACGAGCAAGAGAAUUGGGUGAUGGAACGUGCUCGAUCGGCAGUUGCGUUCUUGAAGAAAGCAUCUGAACAAAAGACUGGCCACAUUGCAACGGUGACCAGCAAAGGCAGCAGGCUACCAUCUGUUUUCUUUGGUGCGGAGCAGUGUUCGAGUUCGAGUAUCAAUGAUAAGACGGUGAAUGACGAUAUGAUUUUAUCGAGUUGUUCGGCGUUGUCGUCGUUGUUACCAAAUCCGUUAUCAGCAUCCACUGAAUCAGCAACAAUCAAACCGUCACGUUUGUAUCGAAGCGUCGUUCUACUAACUGAUGAUCGAGCAUUGAGCAUCAAAGCGAUAUGUGCGAACAUACCUUGCAGAACCAUUGCCAGCUUCUUGAAAUGGGCCAUUAUUCAGUAG